CUCAGUCACCCCAGCCAGUGCCCUACUCCACCCUAUCAACAACAGCAGCAGCAACAACAACAACAACAACAGCAGCAGCAACGGACCAGUCAACAGCAAUCGGAUUCUGGUUCAUCUACCCCACCUGGCAUGAUGCAACACCCCAUGCGACCACCAGGUCCUCCUGGUGGGCAGCCUCCCACACAGUCUCCAAUGACGGCUCAGAUGGCCCCCACCAUGGGACCAGCCCCACCUCCUCCCCAACCACAACAGCAGCAGCAACAGCCACAACAGCAACUACCCAUGCCCCCUGCACCACUAGUUCAGUCUCCACGACUACCUCAGCAUCCGUCUGCUCAGCCCAUCAUACCUGCACCGCCGUUAGUUCAGCAACCGCCUCUGCCUCCACCUCCUGUAGUGAUGCCACAAGGGCCAGGUCCCAUGCCACAGAUGCCGAAUCAGCAGCAGGCAGUUGGCCCUGGUCCAAUGUCAGGAGGCAUGCCACCCAUGGUACCCUCAAGCAGACCGUCAGCACCUCCAGUGCAGCAGCCCUGCACACCACAAGCCCAGCAGAAACAGAAUCGAGUCACGUCUCUUUGUAAGCCACUUGGUUUGGAUCCACUUCUCAUAUUGCAGGAGAGAGAGAAUAGAGUUGCAGCUCGUAUUGCUCAGCGCAUUGAGCAGCUCAGUAACCUACCGAUCACCAUACCAGAAGAUCUUCGUGUUCAAGCUCAGAUAGAACUCAGAGCUCUCAGAGUUCUUAAUUUCCAGAGGCAGCUCAGAUGUGAAAUUUUGUCCUGUACACGGAGGGAUACAUCCCUUGAGACAGCAAUUAAUGUGAAAGCAUACAAACGCACGAAGCGUCAAGGAUUGCGUGAGGCGAGAGCGACCGAGAAAUUGGAGAAACAGCAGAAACUGGAGGCAGAGAGGAAGAAGAGACAGAAACAUCAGGAAUUCUUGGUAUCAAUUCUGCAACAUGGAAAGGACUUCAAAGAAUAUCACCGAAACAACCAAGGCAAAGUGGCACGCUUGAACAAGGCUGUCAUGAAUUACCAUGCAAAUGCAGAGCGUGAGCAGAAGAAAGAACAGGAACGGAUUGAGAAGGAGCGUAUGCGUCGCCUCAUGGCAGAAGAUGAAGAAGGGUAUAGGAAACUAAUUGAUCAAAAGAAGGACAAACGUCUUGCAUUCCUUCUGUCACAGACAGAUGAAUAUAUUGGAAAUCUCACAGAAAUGGUAAAGCAGCACAAAAUAGAACAGAAGCGCAAACAGCAGGAACUUAAACAGAAGAAAAAGAAGAAGAAGAAGAAGGCUGAAGGUGAAGGCAGUGGAGAAGGAGGUGAAGGGGAUGAAGAGAGCUCUCACUCUGUAGAUCCAAGAGUUGCUGUUGUUGAACUAUCUACCGGCAAACUGUUGACUGGUGAAGAAGCACCAUUGGCAAGUCAGCUGCAGGCCUGGCUUGAUGCCCAUCCUGGUUGGGAGGCACAUGAAGAGGAGGAUGAUGAUGAGGAUGAAGAUGAUGAUGAAGAAGAUGGUUCAGAGGACGACUCUGAGGAAGAAGAGCAGGAUUCUGCAUCCACUCCAAAACCAAACACAUCAAACAGCUCAAGUGCAUCAGAUGAAGACAAAGCAAGAGAGAUGAUAAAAAAGGCAAAAGUUGAAGAUGAUGAGUACAAGACAUCCACUGAAGAGCAGACAUAUUACAGUAUUGCACAUACAAUUCAUGAGAUUGUGACAGAGCAGUCCACCAUCCUAGUGAAUGGAAAUUUGAAGGAGUACCAAAUAAAGGGCCUAGAAUGGCUUGUCUCGCUGUUCAACAAUAACCUAAAUGGAAUCCUAGCAGAUGAGAUGGGCCUUGGCAAAACAAUCCAGACCAUUGCCCUCAUCACAUACCUGAUGGAGAAAAAGAAAGUGAAUGGACCAUUCCUCAUCAUUGUGCCUCUUUCCACUCUGUCUAACUGGGUUCUGGAGUUUGAUAAGUGGGCGCCUUCAGUGGUGGUAGUUGCAUAUAAAGGGUCACCUGCCAUGCGGCGGCAGAUACAGAGUCAGAUGCGCUCCACAAAAUUUAAUGUCCUCCUCACAACCUAUGAAUAUGUGAUCAAGGAUAAGGGCAUGCUUGCCAAGUUGCACUGGAAGUAUAUGAUAAUAGAUGAAGGCCACCGAAUGAAGAACCACCACUGCAAACUAACUCAGGUCCUUAACACACACUACCUAGCCACACAUAGGCUCUUGCUGACAGGUACUCCACUACAAAAUAAGCUGCCUGAACUCUGGGCACUUCUGAAUUUUCUUCUUCCAUCAAUUUUCAAGUCGUGCAGCACGUUUGAGCAGUGGUUUAAUGCUCCAUUUGCAACAACUGGAGAAAAGGUUGAACUGAAUGAGGAGGAAACUAUUUUGAUUAUCCGUCGUCUUCAUAAGGUAUUGAGGCCAUUUCUUUUGCGACGAUUGAAGAAGGAGGUGGAAUCUCAGUUGCCUGAUAAGGUUGAGUACAUUGUAAAGUGUGACAUGUCAGGCCUUCAGAGGGUUCUGUAUAGACAUAUGCAGAGUAAAGGUGUGUUGUUAACAGAUGGUUCAGAAAAAGGGAAACAAGGCAAGGGUGGAGCUAAAGCAUUAAUGAACACCAUUGUGCAAUUACGAAAACUCUGCAAUCAUCCCUUCAUGUUCCAGAAUAUUGAGGAAAAGUACUGUGAUCAUGUGGGUUCCCAGACAGGAGUAGUAUCAGGGCCUGAUCUAUAUCGAGCAUCUGGGAAAUUUGAGCUGUUGGAUCGGAUACUACCGAAGCUGAAGGCUACCAGCCACAGAGUGCUCCUCUUCUGCCAGAUGACGCAGCUUAUGACCAUCAUGGAAGACUACUUAGGGUGGCGUGGAUUUUCAUACCUGAGGCUGGAUGGCACAACAAAGGCUGAGGAUCGUGGUGACCUCCUCCGCAAGUUUAACAGUCCUGAUUCGGAAUACUUCUUGUUCCUUCUGAGUACACGAGCUGGAGGACUUGGCUUGAACCUGCAGGCAGCUGACACUGUCAUCAUAUUUGACUCAGACUGGAAUCCUCACCAGGACCUACAAGCACAGGACCGAGCCCAUCGUAUAGGACAACAGAAUGAGGUUCGUGUGCUCCGACUGAUGACAGUCAACUCCGUAGAGGAGAGGAUCCUAGCUGCCGCCCGCUAUAAACUUAACAUGGAUGAGAAGGUUAUCCAAGCAGGCAUGUUUGACCAGAAGUCCACAGGCUCAGAAAGACAGCAGUUUCUUCAAAGUAUUUUACAUCAGGAUGAUGCAGAAGAGGAGGAGGAGAAUGAAGUACCCGAAGAUGACACAGUAAACCGCAUGAUUGCUCGUAAUGAGUGUGAGUUAGAACUCUUUUCACGUAUGGAUCUGGAACGUCGACGUGAAGAGGCAAAGCUUGGCCCAAAUCGUAAAUCACGACUGAUAGAAGAAGGAGAAUUGCCCGAUUGGCUUGUUAAAGAUGAUGAGGAAGUUGAGCGAUGGACGUUUGAAGAGGAGGAGGAAAACUACCUUGGGCGAGGAUCCAGGCAGAGGAAGGAAGUGGACUACAGUGACAGCCUAACAGAAAAGGAAUGGCUUAAGGCAAUAGAUGAAGCUGGGGAGGACUAUGAGGAAGAGGAGGAAGAAGAAGAGAAAAAGCUACGCAAGAAAACACGAAAGCGGCGCAAAAAGGGUGAAGACGAUGAAGAAGAAGAAUCAACACAAAUCAAGAAGCGCAGAAAUACUGCAGCUGCUGCAACUAAUGUGACCACAUCAGUUGACCCAAGACUGAAACGAAAGAUGAGAAAGUUGAUGAACAUUGUCAUCAAAUAUACUGACAGUGAUGGGCGAGUGCUGAGUGAGCCAUUCAUGAAACUCCCUUCCCGUCGUGAACUACCAGACUACUAUGAAAUCAUCAAGAAACCUCUUGAUAUUAAGAAGAUCCUGCAACGAAUUGACGAGGGAAAGUUCAGUGAUUUUGAUGAUCUGGAGCGUGACUUCAUGCAAUUAUGUAAGAAUGCACAGACAUACAAUGAAGAAGCAUCUCUGAUACAUGAGGAUUCCAUUGUUCUCCAGUCAGUAUUUACCAAUGCUAGACAGCGUCUUGAGCAAGAAGGAGAAUCAGAUGAUGACGAUAAGUCACGUGGUGAUGGUGCAGAAGAAGACAUUACAUCUGAUGUAGAUUCUUCUGUUAAGAUGAAAAUCAAACUGAAAGGGCGCAAGGUAGAAUCUCGAGGCAGUGGUCGCCGCAAAAGAUCUGUCAGGAAAUAUGUUAGUGAUGAUGAAGAAGACGAGCCCCUGGCAGGCAAUUGAAGCAGCAGUUUGAAACACUUAACAUGUUAGGAUCAGUAUGAAUGUUUGGUAUUAUGUGACAGUAUUUUGAAAAUAUUUGUCAUCUCUGAAGUUUCUACAACUAUUUAAUGUAGGAGUUGAAAUCAUAUUGAGUAUCCAAAAAUAUUAGUAAAAAUGUUUAUGACAGCCAGCUGCUGAUCUAGCCAACUGCUCUCUGAUGAGGUUUCUGUUGCAGUAGAGCACUGCUGUGCUGUAGUUAACAGUUCACAUCUGCCUUCUUGAACCAAAAUAUAUGAGACUGUAUUUAUUUACUGAGAGAAUUUCUUAAACUGUUUAUGUGCAGCUUUUUCUUCUCCAGCUGAUUUUUAGAAAUGUGUUUUUACAAUGCACUUCUUAAUCCUUUGUGGUCCAUUUGUAAUUUAGAGUGCUGCAAAGGUUUAAUAUUAAUUACCCAUAUUCAUGAACAAAAAUAAAGUGUUAUAUAAUGUCAUAAAUAAUAGUUAAACUGAGAUAGUGCUAUGCACAGAAUCAGUGUUACAGCACACUGCUGUUUAUUUAUUAUUGUAGUAUUAUCCUUGUAUAUGCAGUUAGUUGAAUUUGAGUGAUGUUUUUAAACUAAGAAAUUCUCUCACUCUCUCUCUGUUCAUGUUUAGUAAAUAUUAUUAUAAUAUUUUUUUGAAUGUGAGGAAUUGAAUAUUCUUCAGGUGAAUAAUUUUAUUAUUUUUCUCAGCAUUUAUUAUGCAGAGGCUUUUUUAUGUUUUGGUAAUAUAAAUGUAUGUUCCUUCCUACCCAUCAGAUUCCUGUUACAUAAUCCAGUAUCAUCUCAACUGAUGGCCUGCUGGGUAAACAGAUGAAUCUAUUCUUUCAUAUUCUGGAGAAAGGAAGGGAAAAUAUCUUAUGCUUUUAUAAUGUUAUGAUACAUUAUGAAGAGUAGUAAUUACCGAUUAGCCCAAUCAUUAGCAAAUGAUAAACACAGUCACACCAGAAUUGUGUAUGGUCAGAUGCAUUUUAUAAUAAUUUUGUGAGAUUUCAGGUACUUGCAACAUUGAGUAUGAAGAUGUAGUGUGGUUGAUAUUGACUGACAUUUAAAAGGAACAUACAGCCUCCAUUUUCCAUGCAUCCUAAUGAUAGAGGUGGUAAGCAGAUCUAAACAUUGGUCAGUACCUACCAGACCACAUGGCACAACAUCCCAGAAGACAGCCAUAUUUAUAGUAAUUUUUGUCCUUUUGUUUUCAUGCCUGAUUUCAGUAUGUAACUUCCUUCCUUUCAUAAAUGCCCAGCCUCUAAGCAUUCACACUGAAGGUGGCAUUUGCAAUGUUUGCCAAAAUGAUGGAUAAUUAUCAGUAUUUGAUGCGGCCUAUCCCAUAAAGCCGAAGUUACUUAUAAUAAUUUUGUUCAUUUGGAGUGUUGCCUGCGGAUUAAUUACAAUAGCUGUAACUCAUCUGCAAAGGUACAAGAGUGAUAAAAUAACUUCCCUAUCAGAUAUCACGAUGAAGAAAGAUGACAGGCAUGAUUUUUACAUUCCUCAGGACUAUGUUCUACAUAGAACAGGUGAAUUUCUGUAUGAAGUUACAGAGAUCCACCAGUGAGACCUUUGUAUGUUAAGAGAAUCCAGAAUAAUGUAAAGAUGGUUGUAACCUUAAGUAUUCUUUGCCAUGCAUAAUGAAAAGUUCAUUGCCAUUUUCAUAUGUGCUUUUCUGUUUUGCAUCUUGCUUUGAUUACAUCUGUUAACUUUUAUGCAACUGAGGUAUUCUGGUUUAUGAUUCUGUGCAAUUUGUACAUGGUUACCAACAUUUUGGUAGAACAUUAUUAGGUCAAAUAUCCUUUAGAUUAAUGUUGAUGAUGAUACAGGUAUAUUAACUUUUUUUUAGUAGUGAUGUAUUUCUAAUUUUAUGCAUUGAAUGUAAAGAAUGUACAAAUAUACUUACUUUAUAUGAGGA